AAGUUUAUACUAAAUGAUUGACAUCUAGUUAGAUAAGAAAUUUUUUAAUCCUAUUAUUCUGAAUCUGUAAGAUAUUAUAAAAAUAAUAAUGGAGCGGGUUAAUGCAUGAUCUACAAUUAUUUUUUUUAAAACAACCUUAGAAAGCAAAGUGCACUGAGGGUAUAAUUACUGAAGGUUACUAAUUUGUGAUAUGGAGGAGGAGCAGAGAAUAAAACAGUAAAGCAGACCAAAGAUUACAUUAAAUGGGAGAAAGACACUUUAAAGUAUGGAAUAAAAACUCAGGCAGGUAUUCUAAUUUAAAAAUAAAAGUGAAAAAGCCAAGAGAUGGAGGCGCGACCUCGACCAGAACUGUUUGACUUCCAUGGAGUUGGCAUGAUCAAAAAGUUUACAGAAAACUGGGACAACAUACAGAACUUCAAAGCAAGAGCAGAUGAUAUUCUUAUUGCUACUUACACUAAAGCAGGAACCACAUGGGUCUCCUACAUCCUAGAUCUUUUGUAUUUUGGGCACAUGGGUCCAGACGGUCAGACUUCCAUCCCUCUUCAUGACAGAGUACCCUUCCUGGAGAUAUGCAAACCCCCUUUGCCAAUUGGUACAGACUUGGCAGACAAACUUCCCACCACUCCUCGUCUCAUUAAAACUCAUCUACCAGUCCAAUUUGUACCAAAGUCCUUCUGGGAGCAGCGCUGCAGGGUAGUCUAUAUGGCCCGCAAUGCAAAGGACAAUGCAGUGUCCUACUUUCAUUUUCAACGCAUGAACAGUGGCAUGCCAGAACCGGGGGACUGGAGCACCUUCCUGCUGAACUUCAUGGAGGGGAAGAUGGUUUUUGGAUCGUGGUAUGACCAUGUGAACGGCUGGUGGGAGAAGAAGCAGAUUUAUUCAAAUUUUCACUACAUGUUCUAUGAAGAUUUGAUUGAGGACUGUCGACGAGAAAUAGACCGACUGUGUUCCUUCCUUGGUUUGUCUCCUUCAGCUGAAGAGAAGGAAAGAGUCAAAGCCAGUGCGACUUUUGACAAUAUGAAACAAAAUAAAAUGACCAACUACUCCACCAUCGAUACAAUGAACCAGACUAUCUCUCCUUUCAUGAGAAAAGGAAAAGUUGGUGACUGGAAGAACCACUUCACUGUGGCCCAGAAUGAACAGUUUGAUGAAGACUACAAGCAGAAAAUGAAGAAUCCUGAUCUAAAGUUUCGUUAUGAAAUUUAGAGCCCCAGCUGGGUGUGAUGGAACUCUGCACUGAUAUGUGAUUAAAUAGUUAAAAAAUAAGUCACAUUUGAUAUUAAAUUUUAAAUGAACUAAAUUUCAGGUAGGUGAUAGAGACCUGUGGCAGAGUUCACAACCCUGAGCUGUCCUGCAGAACUGAUAAAUCCAACAGAACAAUUUCCAGAAACAGUACCAACUUAUAUAUGAUAGCUUCCAUUCUUUUAAAAAAUAUGGUCAGGUAUGAUUUGUCUGACACCUUGUGUUAUCGUAUGUGGAUAUUAUACUUUUGGCUUUUCUCCACCUUCAUUCUGCUCAAUAUAAUAUUUUAAACUUUGUUAAAUAAUGGCAACUUUGUGGAAUGCUGUAAAGUUAACCCAUUAUCCUCAUAUCAGCACACUUUUUUAAAACCACUUUCUGUUUAAAGGCGAUUCUUAGUUUUAUUCUUACAAGAUCCAACUAAACUCAAAUAGGAGAAAUUAAAAAGGCAAACAGCAAACAAAAGUGUAGGUGUUCAGGGAAUGAUGUGAAAAUCCAUUAGGGCACUUAUAGUCAUGAAGGGAGUCAGUUUUACAUAUCUAUUGGAAGGACCUUUACUUUCCCUCAGCUUUAGGGAGUAUUUCAACAUCUAAUAACUCUUUCUUUAGCCUCAAACAUUGAUUCAAUUCAACUGGACACAGUGGUUUCAUCACUGAAGAAUAUUUAGUGGAAACUUCAUUUUAAAUUUUAAAAAGAAAACUAUAUUUGUAAUUAGAUUAUUGAAUCCAUUGAAAUUGCAUUUUCUAAAAGAUUUAUAAUUUUUUUUAUUUGUAAUUAAAAAUAUUUUUCAAAUAAGGUUUUAUUGAGACUGUAAUACUUUUUAUGAAAUCCAUUUUUUGAUUUGAAGAAUAAUAAAUUUCUAAUAACCAUUUCUCUGCAUAAUCACAACAAGAGUUUUGCUGAAACUUUUUAAUGUCAACAGGACUUUUAAAGAGAAAUAGACCAAUGGUGUUCCUUCCUUUUGGGGAAGGAAAAUGUCAGAGCCAGUAUAAAAAUUAAAACAAAAUGACAGUUCAUGUGAUGAACCACAAGGUGUCUCCUUAACCCUUUAGCGUUCUGCUCAACCAAUUGGUAGAGUACAUUUUCAGGCCUUACAUCUAACUGAGGCUAAUUGAGUCUUUUCUACCAAUUGGUUUACAUCUGUAAUGCCCCCCAAAAAUCCACCAGGAGGCACUGUGAAUAUAAACGGUUGGCUCUUCUUAUCAAAAAACCAUCCAACAUAUUUAUAUAUAUAUAUGAUAGUGCUAGAGGACUUACUAAACAGAUGUAUGUCACUUGACAGCAUUAAAAAAGUGAAAUUAAAUGUUUAAUAAUUUUUUUAAAAAGUGGUCAACCAAACUGAUAACUGAUUUGUCACUUUAUGGUGCUAAUGCUAACAUAACCUAAAUGUUAUUAAAAUUGAUUAUUUGCCAUAAAAUCAGAGAACUAGACCCAUUUUGUUUAUCCAUUGCUGUUGAGAAAUCAUAUUAAGUGCUAGCACAGCAAGAAUAUGCUGAAAUAAUUUCCUCAGUAAGUCAUUUUUGUAACUUUCUGAGUUAAUAUCAACAAAUAUGUAAAAAUCAAGAAUAACAUGUGGAAAUCACAAAUAUCACAACUGAUUACCUUUUAAUCAAAUUACAGUAGCUGGUAAAUUAAUCUUACUAAGUUGUCAAAAUUAUAAUUUCAUGUUUAACAAGUACUAUAUGGAAGCUAAACAAUUAUACGGCGGAAAAUCACAUAGUCCUGUGGCAUGAUACUUAUGAUACCAUCAACCUUCAACCACAGUGUGUUUGAGGUCAUGGUUUCAUAUGAAGCCACAAGGGUUGGCACUCUCCACCAGUAUAUUGCCAACAAACCAGAUGAGUGGGGCUUUAAAUUGUUCUGCCAAGCAAGUUCAUCUGGCAUCAUCUGUCUCGGCUGUGUGCUGGCAGGGAUUGGACCCAAACGCAAACUCACAGGACCAGAUGAGUCAGGUGACGGCGUGGAAGCCGCAGGUGGUGGCGCUGCAGGCUGGAUAGAUCCCUUGGACCCUCCAGCGGAGACAGAUGAAGGCUGAAGCGGUCCCUCAGACCCUCCAGCGGACACGAGGAAGUGCUGGCCGGGCUCUCCAGAACCCCCAGCGGAUGAGACAGAUGGCGGCGUGGGAGCCGCGGAGUGCUGGAUGGGCUCACUCGAGCCUCCAGCAGGAGCAGAUGCAGAGCCAGGGGGUAUUGGGACCCCUGGCUGAAUGUUUAGAUGACCAGGUGGGUGAGUGCUGACCAGGGGCUAAACCGCUACAGGGGACUGAACCGCUACAGGGGACUGAACAGGAGUCUGAACCGCUACAGGGGACUGAACUGACGACACUGGAGACUGAGCUACAGGGAGCUGCACUGGAGUAUGAACUGGUGGGAAAGCCGAUGCCUGAGCUAAGAACUGGGCUAAUGACUGAGCAAGGGACUGUAAUACAUGUUGUA